AUGAAGCUGGGAACCAAAACUUCAGACGACCCAAAAAUAAUUUCUGAAAUGUUUUCACAUCAUUUUAAAUCCGUAUUUGAACCGUUGUCAGACAAUGCAUAUACAUUAGCUCAACACUUAGAGGAUAAUUUUACUGGAACAAACUUACAUGACAUACGUUUCACACAGUUGGAAGUUUGCACUGCUUUAAAAAACAUUGAUCCAAACAAAGGCGCUGGACCUGACAAAAUAAAGCCAGUGUUUUUAAAACACACUUCUAAUACAAUUUGCAUGCCGCUCAAUAUAAUUUUUAACAAAUGUUUGGAAACUGGAACAUUUCCAACUCAAUGGAAACAAGCAUACAUUACACCUAUUCACAAAUCAGGUUCUAAGAACAACGUAGAAAAUUACCGUCCAAUAUCAAUUCUUUCGGCUAUUCCUAAAAUUUUUGAGAAACUUAUCCACGAUCAUAUAUAUUCAAUUUUGAAAAAUACAUUAUUAGAGGAACAACACGGCUUUGUUAAUGGCAGGUCUACACUGACAAAUCUUCUUGUUUUUACUAACUUUAUUUUUAAUAGUUUGGACUCUAAAUCUCAGAUUGAAACUGUAUACACCGAUUUUAAAAAAGCAUUCGACAAAGUUGAUCACUUGUUACUUUUAAAAAAAAUCUCCUACAAUGGUAUCAAGGGUAAUCUUCUACGUUGGUUUGCCUCUUACUUACAAAACCGCAUACAGUCGGUAGUGCUUAAUGGCUACAUUUCCUUACCCGUUGUAGUAACAUCUGGCGUCCCACAGGGAUCAAUACUGGGGCCACUCCUCUUUAUCCUAUUUAUUAAUGACAUUUCAACUUGCUUUGACCACUGUAAAUUCUUAUUAUACGCUGAUGACUUAAAAUUGUACUCUGCCAUUAUUAAACCUGACGACAUAAAAUUAAUACAAAACGAUUUGGACAGACUUGAAAACUAUUGUAAAAUUAAUAAAUUAUUCUUGGCUUAUAAUAAAUGCAAACACAUAACAUAUACUAGGAACAAAAAUGUAGUACAUGCGGACUUUUACUUAGGUGGUCACAAAAUUGUAUCAGAAUUUAGUAUACGUGAUCUUGGAGUAUAUUUAGAUACCAAACUCACACUAGAUAGGCAUAUCGAAGAAAUAUUGAAUAAAUCCUACCGAAUGCUAGGCUUCGUUACACGUAUAACAAAAUCAUUUAAACACAAAGAUACUCUUACCUGUCUUUAUCAGUCAUUGGUUAGAUCUCAUCUAGAAUAUGUAUCCCCAGUUUGGAAUCCAUUCUACUCAGUUUAUGAAGAUAAAAUAGAAAAGGUCCAAAAGAAAUUCUUACGUAUUGUUAACUAUCGAAUGCAUUCACCUCGCGUUUCCUAUGAAAAUCUCUUAACAAAAUAUCAAAUGCUAUCAUUAAAAGACCGACGCACUUUAAUCGACGCCACUACUUUUAGGAAUAUCUGUGUUGGUGAGAUUAAGUGUUCACAGUUAUUAUCCGAGGUAAGGUUUCGAAUACCACCCAAAAACACACGAUCAAAAAAUUUAUUUCAUAUACCAAAAACCAGGACCAAUAUUGGUAAAAGAGCACCAGUACGCAGAAUGUGUGUCCUCCACAAUAAAAUGCUUAACGACAUCGAUAUGUUCUCUAUCUCCCGUUCAGCUUUUAAAACUAAAUUAAAAAGUACUCUAGUAACAAUUAUGAAUUAG